UCAAGACGUGGUAAAUAAUUUAUUUAUAAAUAAAUGUAUCGCAUUUUUAUAAAAGUUAAAGUGCUAUUUACGUUUCAAUAAAAAUGUGUUCGAUGUUUCGAUGUUCAAUACUAAGUCAGUAAUUUUGACGUUUUAAUUUCAAUGAUGGCAACAUCGGACUCGGUCGGAAUUUUGCUGUCGUGAAGUUUGUAACAUGUGAUGUUUCGUGAAGUGUUAAUUUUUAACGAAAAGCAAUUUUAAAUGGACUGUGAUGUAUUAGAACGUGUUAAAAAACUAAAUAGUGUUAGUGUAGUGAACUGUAAAUUGUGCUAAAAGAUUUUAAGUGCACUAGAAAUAAUUACAUGGAUAAAGCCGUCACUUGAGGUUGUAAAGAUAUGGAGUCACACAUCAUGAAUGUGCCCUAUCAUCAAGCCCGCUACCGAACAAUCGGGCAUAAAAUCAUGAGGACAACAAGUGAAUCUUUGUCAUCAGAAAGUAGUUGUAAUCAAAAUAGCCCAGAGUAUAAGGCCCAAGAUCCUGUUUAUGACAAUCGUUAUGAGGAAGAGAGCAAUGAAGUUCAAAACUGGCAGGCUCAAGCCGUUAAUGUUUCACAAUCAAGUCAAGAUACUUCAGAUGAUGAUGAAGAAGGAGAACAAAUUGAAGUUCAAGAAGUACAGUACGAAGUGCGGGAUUCUGAUUCCUUAGUUUAUGAUGUUUGUUCCUCAGAGGCUGAUAAUAUUGAAGAUACGUCACUGGUUGAAGGUGCAGACUAUGAUAUUAUACAAGUUUAUGCUGUAGAUCCUAAUUUAGAUCUUGAAGCUUCAUCUGAAGAUGAGGAACAAACAGAAUAUGUUGAACAAAAUUAUACAGAAGCUGAAGCAGAAUAUGUGAAUCCUGAUGAUUCGCAUUUCAAUACAGAUACUUAUGACCACAAACCAUCGGACAUACUACAAGGAACACUGAAUAUUGAUCUGGACACUCCAGUAGUUUCAAAUGUCGAUGAGUAUUUCAUAAAAGUUGAUAAAAAUAAGGAUAUACUGGAAGUCAAAGAUGAACCUGUAGUCCAAGAUGUUGAUGAAUAUUUUAUCAAAGAUGCGGCACCUCAAGUGCCAAAUAUUGAUGAUUUUUUUAUCAAACACAAAGUGCCAGAAGAAGAGAGUACCAAAUUCUGCAUUGAUAAACCACCAUCAAAAGUAGAUGAACUCUUUCCACAAACUGAUAUAAAGAAAUUACCAAAUAUUCAAAUGGAUCAACAACAAAAUGUAGAUAUUGCUAUUAAUGAUUCAGAUUUAGAAGUUCUUCCAAAUAUUGAGGACUUGAAGAAUUUUUUAAUGGAAGAUAUGCCAUGCACCAGAGCGAAGAACGCUCAGAAGUCUUGCUCUCUACCACAUUCUCCCAUCAAUAUUUGUAUGGAUAUUGAUGAUGCGAAAACAUGUUUGAGUUUUGAAGAUCUAAACUUGGAUCUAUCUGAUCUUGGUCUUGACAAGACUGAUAGCCUAGCCAAUAAAAGUGACGACAUACCUCGUACUUUGACAGAAGAAGAUGUCAAUAGUUUUCUUAUAACAAGUAAAUCAGAACCAAAAAGCGAAAUUAAAGAUGAAGAUAAUUUCUGCCCUCAAGACAUGGAAAUUGAGAGACCUGUAGAGUCGUCGAUAAAUGAUAUUGAAGAUACAGCAAUUGUUACACUAAUAAAUAAAGAAAACCGCACUUCGACGCCUAAAAAACAAGAAAAACCACCAUCUCAACCAACCGUCUUAGAAUUUUGUGUUGAAAAAAUAUCCCAAACAACUCCUAUUAAGAAAGAACUUAUUACCGAUAUUAAGGCUGAGCUGGAUGAUUUUAUUGAUGUAGAGUCUUGCAAUGAUAUUGUAGUUCCUGUUUUGGAAGCAAAUAAUUUAAAUUCACUUUUGGAACAGUUUGAAGCUACUGAAAAACUAAACACAAAAACAAAUCGAGUAGUUGUUAAAACUGAAGAACCAAAAGUGAAGAGUAUUAGUAAAACAAGCUUGACAAACGGAAUGAGAUUGCAAGAUGCGGGUGUUCAAUUGAACAAAAACAAAAUGCGACAUAUUCUGAUGCCGUCCACAAUUAACGCUACUGUGCAGAGAUCACCCAGUCCUGUUCAUUCUGACCAUGACUACUGCACAUCCAAAAAGCGACAAAGUCUUCCCAACUUGAAAAGGGGACAGAGUCUGCUCAAGCCGGAAGUGUUAUCUAGUAACAGCAGAAUCUUGAACUCAAGGCAUAGAUCCUGCAAAGAUAAAAAAAUUGUUUACAAUCUAAGCAGUGAUGAUGAAAGUGAAAAGUGCAACAACAAUAUUACUAAAAAUAAAAAGAAUGUUAACCAUCGUGACGAUAGUGACGUUAAAUUUAAAAAGCUAACUAUAAAACAACCAGUAAAACCUAUAGCACAAGCUACUUGUCGUAAAAAACUGUCACCACCACAUAGUGCGGCAAAUGAAAGUGCUAAAAACAUUUCUGUGAUUAACAAAAGUGCUUCUAAAGCAAGUGAUACUCCUUGUAGUCAAAGUUCUAAUGGUAGCAUUAAGUUAACUAUAAAAAAUAAAUCAGAAGUCAUACUUUCCUGUGAUCAUAAAAACUCUCAUAAAAGUAAACAUAGUGACAAAUCCAAAAAUAGUAGUGGGAACGAUAAACCUUUAGACAAUAAUAAGAUAUCAAACAAUGUAAAAGAGACAAAAGUGAAGGAAGUGAAAAAUCAUAAUUAUAAAAAUGUAAAAGAAGUAGAAGUUAGUAAUAAAAAGCCUGAACAUAUUAAGGAACCAGUUAAAGAAAGUGUUGUUAGCAACAUUACUGUAAAAGAAGAGCCUCAAGAUAACUUUUACACAGCUUUGUUUGCAAAUAAACAAGAUGUCCAAAUUCCAGCUACAAUGAUUAAAACAGAAAAGAGGCCUUUUGAUGAGGAACUUCAAAAGAUAUCCGAAAAUAUUAUCAAAAAAGAAGUAGAGCAACCCCAGAAGAAAAAGAAAUUAAACUUGCAUGAAUAUAAAAUGAGAAGAGUCAAUUCAAAUAAUAGUUCCACAACGGUUAGCCCAGAAGCAAUAUUUCCUGAUCUGCCGCACUUAAAUUUGGAUAAAACUUUAAAGUCUACAUUGACUCCAAUUCCAAAUGGAGCAACACAGACUAAAAUUGAAACCAACACCGAACCAAAAAAGAUAUUUGAUCCUAUUCGCGAAGCUUCGAGAAAGAUUCUCAUGCACACAAUGAAACAGAAAGCAAUGAGGAAACGGGAUGAAGAUAUUGUUAUGAGUAAGAUACCAAAAGUUGAAAAUCUUCAAUUGCAACCUUUAAUAAGCGAUGCUGAAAUGAUGAAAAUAGUGGGUAUGACACCUGCCGAAGAAGUUCCCGUACUAGUCGCCCCAGAAAAGCCACCAGCCCCUGCAGAUCAUGAAGAAAUAAUAUUAGUCAGUAUAGGGGUAAACACAGAUGAAGAUGUUUUCAAAAAAAUAGAAUCUAUGAAUGAGAAGCGGAAAUCGAAAUCUCCAGCAGCAGAUGCUAAAUCUCUUAUUAACUUCAAAAUAAAAAAAUCUGAUCAUGUCCUAAAACAUAAUGUGUUUGAAUCUACAAGAAAAGAUAAACACACUAGUGUUGUAGACGAAAAGAAACAAGAUGCGAGAAUUGAUAAAGAACGAUACAAGGACAUAACUGCAGCACUGAAAAGAGCUGAGAAACAAGUGGACCCAAAGAUCUCGAGUAAUUCGCUUUUCGCUAGCAUACAAGACGUCGUGAUGAAGAAAGCGCCUGAGGAGGUAAACAAAGGAAGAGAUAAGACAUCAAAACCGAACUCUCCUACAGAGAAAAAGACGGAAUACAAAUACGUAAAAACUACGAUAAUUCGGGAAUACGACAUAAAAGCAGAUCAUGGCGAAGACAAGGUGAUCUUACACUUGAGGAAAGACAGAAACAGACCUGCGUCCUCCACUGUAGUAGUUCAGACUGAUCUAAAAGGCAAAGCCGCAGAAAAGGCCCCUUUCAUCACUGAUACGAUAGUGAAUAAAGAAGUAUGUGUAACGAGGAAGCGAACCGAUAGCGACAUGUCCAUGUCGAGCGAUGAUAGUCCGGUUCCCAAAAUCAAAUCGCCCAAAGAUAAGGCGAAAGUUAUAGUUAAGCCUAGAGAAAAGGUGAAUGAGAAAUGCUCGCUUUCAAUAGAGAAGAGGUCUCGGUCUAAGGACAGAUAUGAGGCGAAACAUAGACGCCGCUCGCGUUCUCAUUCGCGCAGCCGGCGGAGACGAAGAUCGCGCAGUCGAAGCAGAUCGCGCUCAGGCGGUCGUUACAAACGAUACAGACGUUCUGAUUCGCCGUACAGAAGGAAACGGCGUUCCAGGUCGCCGUAUCGCCGCCGGCCAUCGCCGCGUCGCUCGCCGUCGGUUCGACGCUCGGUACCAGAUCGGCAUUCGCCUAUACAUCGUCGUUCACCCUCAAUACGUCGCGACCAUCGCCGUUCCAACUCGCGACCACGCCAAACCAAAAGCCCAAUACCAAUACCCAAAAAAACGAAACUAAGCCCACAGAACUCAGUUGAAAAGAUCAGUUCGACGAAUAAAAAACCCAAAUCCCUGACUCCGCCACCGCGGAAACCUACUGUAUCGGAAAGCUCUGACUCUUCAACGAGUUCAUCAUCUUCCUCAUCAUCAUCUUCAUCGAGUUCUUCAAGUUCUGAUGAUUCUUCCCGUCGGUCAUGUAGCCCAUACAAGAGAGAUGAAACGCCCAGGAAAACCUAUAGAAGUUACAGCUCUGAAGACAGAGAGAGCAACACUCCUGUAGAGGAACGGCGGAUAGUGUUCGUCGGCAAAUUGGAAAAGGACAUCACCAAGGCUACCUUGCGAAGCUUGUUUUCCAAGUUUGGACCGGUUAUGGAAGUACGAUUGCACUCUAAAGAAGACGGUACUCGGUACGGCUUCGUGACAUACCAACGAGCUCGCGACGCUUGGACGGCAGUAGAAGCGGCUGGCACCUUCCCGCAAUACGACGUCGGCUUCGGAGGGCGUCGCGCCUUCUGUAGGCAGAGCUAUGCCGAUCUUGACGGCCUUGAAGCCAAGUACACAGAGAGCGCUUUCCAUGGCCAAGCGGCAUUGCCAGCUCGCCGUACCGACGACAUGUCUUUCGAGCAAAUGCUCCUCGAAAUGAAGAAGAAACUCAGCCAAAGGAAGGAGGAGAAGAAGCGGCAAGACGACAACCCUUGACAGUUCCCCCCACCAGCCACCACUCCGUCCACAGACGCCAAAUUACCCUUCAACGUGACAGCUUCGGCGGCCCUUUGACCUUGGGAUUGUGUUGUUAUCUUGACUGUCAGCAUGUCUGCUUGUCCGCACAAUUUACUCUUAACUUGUUAGCGUGGUAGAUGCCAAAUUACUUGUCUAUGCGACUACUUGGACACCAUAACGCGACAUGUUUGGCUACCAAAUUACUAAAUUACUUGCGACGUAGAAGCAUACCUCCUCUGAACUGUCAACGGGGCUUCCUUGGCCGUGAGAUCACCAGUCAGAGUGACAGCGGCGGCCGCCAUCUUGCCUGUCAGCAUGACAGCAACGACGCGCGGGUGAGUGCGAUGAAUUUUGCGCGAUCGAGAUUCGAGAUCAUAUUUGCUCACACUUAUGUACCUUCUUCGAAUUCCUUUAGGUGUAACAAAAACAGUAAUAAAUAGUUCUUAGUACACAAUUGUACAUUUCGUUGUUCCCAUUUUAGUAUAGUCUAAAUACCUCACUGUAAAUAUUAGUUCUUAGUUUAGUUAUUCUACUUUCUCGUUCGUACAUAGGUCUUAUGUAAAACUAUUAACACUACCUCUUAUGAUGUUUUAUUUAACCGUAGUUAUAUAUUUUUGUGACCAUGGAUUAUGUAUAGCUCUGAAAAUUGGCGUUUGCUCAUUAGACUACCCGGCAAAGGAUUUUUUAAGCGAACAGUUCGGACUUUCGUUCCGAUAGCCCAUAUUCGGCUGGAUAUUUCCGAUUUAACGGCGCUGUUGAAAGCUUUUUAUAUUAUUUAAGCUUUUUAAGAUUUUUUGCUUUGUAACCUUGUGCAGUGAACUCCGACUGAAAAGACGCAUAUUGUCCAUUUUGAUAAUUGAUGUUAAGAAUAAUAAAGACUUUUUCUUUGUUAUUAAAAAAAUAUGUGUACAUUAGAAUGAAAGAGGCUUACUAUGAUGAUAUUAGAUGCAGCAGCAGCCUAUAAAAUAAGUUAUCUCGAUUUUAUACAUCGACUUAUCAACAUCGCUACAAACUAAAAUAAUAGUAGUUUUUUUUUAAAUAUAUAAUCUGGACGGUCAAACUAUAAAACAACUCCACGAUGACGCAUCGCCAUUAGUUUUAUUGAUAAAUCAAGUAGCACUCACUGUUAUUAAUGGUUUAUAACCUUUAGUAAGAAGUAAGAGUUAUAUAAAAAUUAAAUGCUCCUUUUUUAUUUUGUGACCGAGUUUUAUUGGUUUCAAUAGAAAUAUAUCCUUUUAAUUGCACUUUUUGAUAAAUAAAAUACAUAAUUAAAUGCAAAUUUUAACUGUGCCUUGGUAUGACGCAAACUACACUAUCGAGAUGAUUUAUUUGUAAGGGUACAACUGUAGGUAGCUUUAAUCAUACGGAAUUGGCGUAAACGUUAUCUAAAACCAACUUAAAUUAGUAUAAUUUAGAUAUUAUAUCGACCAGUGGAUGACGAAGAGAAAUAAUGGUGCUUAUAAUGUUUAUAAUAGUAAUGAAAAAUCGUAUUAAAUGUAUUUAGCUUAAUCGUGUAGACUUGCAUUUAGGUUUUAUUUUCUCGUUAUCUAACAAGACUCCUUCUUUAGCAGACUAUUCUUCCUAGAGCAGAAGAAGAAUAAUUCGUUGUCUCUGGUCUCUCUUUUUCGUAUUUUUAGCAGUCUCAUUAGACUGCUGUGUUACCAUAACUCAAAAUUUUCGUUGUAUUUGUGAUUGCAAUAUGUAAAUAUUUCGUAUGUAAGUACAGUUUAUACUUAAAGAUGAAUGUGUAUAAUUUUGUGAUUUUGUUUAUUUGUUUUGCCGCUUUUUGAACAUUGCAAGCAUGUAGUUAUUAAGAUACUAGCUUAAUUGAAAGCAAUAAGUUCUUAUGUAAAACAAAAUUAUAAUAUUCCGUUGAUGGGAAUACAGCAAAUAUCCAAUGUAGCUAUUCAAAUAUAAAAGAGGCAUGCAGCAACAAAAUAUUUUAAUGAUUUUUUUUAUAUUCCGAGUAAAGAAACUAGUUAUGAAAAGCCCUACUGCGGUCACAGUUAAUUGCAAUAGGAAAAACGCCCAUAAGGUAACGUAACUCCUUGACUGUCCGAAACUAUAGCUUACUAUUCAAAAAAUUAGAUUUAAAAGUGCGUAGAUUAAGAACAAAACAUAAAACAUAAAAAUGAUAAUAAAAAUAAAUACAUAUGAUCCCUAUAAUACCCGAUGACUGAUAUUAUUACAUCAUUUUAUAAUAUGUAUCUAAAAACAUCAAAACAUUAUGUAAUGUAAAUAGUUAAUUCAAAGAGUAUUCAAGAUAAACGCACGAAGAUAAGCAAAUGUUACUAGAAAAAAAACCACACACAUGGUUUUCUUAGAUCAAGUAGGUACCACAUAUUAAAACUUAAAAAUAUUGAUUUUAAGCUUGCUAGCAAGUCACUAACAAAAAGUAAAUAAAUAAAGAUUAUAUUUGUAAUGAAAAAGAUUAUUCGUUUAUAAUAAAUAAGCUUCCGUUGAGAUUGAAGUGUCAAAACAUUAAAAAAAAAAUGUUCCUAUAGUGAAUUUGUCGAAAAUAGGGACAAUACAAAAAUAAUAAAAUGUAGCAAUGUGCACGCAAGCCAAAAGCAGUAUCCAUCCCAUAAUAUAGUCACUAUUACUAAGCAAGCAAAUUAUUAAGAGCCCUUUCACAUUUUUUGCAAUAAAAAACGUAAAUUUUGAGCGCUUCGUUUACCCCCUUAGAAAAGAUUUUGAGUAUUUCUAAUAGAAGUAAACAGUAGAUUUAUUCUUCCUAUUGUAAGUUAAUGUAGAAUAUUUGCAAAUACUAUUUUCUAUUUUUUGUACUGAUCGUUCUACUGCAGCUAGUUUACGGAAAACGAUAAUAUGCACAACUUCAAACGCCUCAAUCUCUCAAUAAUGUUCAAAUUAAUUACUAUGACAUCAGAAAUAUGUUUUUGUUGUAACAUAAUGUAUUAGAAUUUUUAUUUUCCAUCUCAUUAACAAUAAAAAAAAAACAUGUAACUUCCGUGAGUUUUCCCAAAAAAUAAUGCAGGUUUACCUCGAAUUUUGAUAUUGAAUUAAAUAGAAUUGCUAUCAAAAACUUCCAUAGAACUAAUCUACCAUCACUGAACUACUGAAAUAUGUAUAUAUUUUUAUAAUUAGUUCAUUAAUAAUUAUUUUAUAAGACUCGAAACAUCACCCGUAAAAUGCAAUAUAUACUAGUGCAAAUCUACCUACGCGCCGAUCAGUACGGCAGCGGCGCAAUUUUGUAAAAGGGCUCUUAA